GUCAUUGAUUCUGUGUAAUGCAAGUAUGCAAUCACGAUAUUAGAACAUGGUACAAAACUAUUAACAGCCAAUGAUUGUUAUUGGAAUAAAAAAUAAAAGACAGUGAGUGCCUAGCUGGCCUAGCGAACGAAAUAAAUGGGGUACCAAUAAAUGUAACGUUGUAGAGUAAAAGUUGGCUAAAUUUACCAUGUCUUCUGCGUCCAGACUUGUGAAUAAUAUAGCAUUUCGACCAACCCUUGGUUAUCUUCCGUCUGCAAAACAUUUUCAUUUCAAUUUAACGAAGUGUAAAAUUCUUAAACGCCAAUGCUGUCAGCCGCUAUUGCUGCUCCGGAAAACCUGGGAUAAAUCUGCAGAAAUCUCCUCUGCUCUUCCAUUCUCAACACUGAUAGGAUCACUUGAUUCACUAGGUCAGGUAUUAUAAUUAGACACUGAAAUUUAUUUCGAAAAUAUAAUAGUUACCAAUAUAUAGUAUAAUAGGCUAAUAUUAAGGACAGCUGCCACAGCGUCUUUUGGGUGUUUAUUAUAGUUGCAGUGAAUUAGGGUUUAGGAUAGGCAUCUGCAUAGGGAUCUAUUUAGGCCAGGUUAGGCAUCAUAGGGAUCGAUUUAGGGUUCAGGUUAGGCAUAGGGAUCGAUUUAGGGAUACAUUCGUGAAAUUCGAUAAAAUAGUGGCAGUCGUCCUUAACAUUUACCAUAUAAUAUAUUAUUCUUGUAAAUUAAAAGACAGAUUUGUUUGACUAGUCGUCUGGCACCUCUAACUCUAACUAAUCCUUUUCAAUUGUUUACGUGUAGUGUACAGGUAAUUUAUAGUAAUUAAGAAAUAAAUUUGAGACAAUAAAAGUUAUUAAGAAGGCCAUUCCAUAAAUAACAUCAUAUGUCUUAAACUUAAGGGCUUUGGGGGGGGGGGGGGGAUGUCACGAAUUUGUGAUGAUGAUGUGUGAUUUAAGUGUCUAUAGGUACCUCAAAACCACUCGGUGCAUCGAUCUGGGCAUGUCCAAAAAAGUCGAAAGAACAUGUUCUACAAUAUGGCCAUGUCGUACGGCUACACAGCAUCAUUCAACAUUGGACAAUUGCAUACUACGUCACAUUUGUUUAUUAAAUAAUUGCUUUUCUCAUCAGUGGCAGAUCUGUUUUUUUGUUCCAGUGAUACAUUGAUUUAUGCUAUAAGUACGAGAUUUUUUGCGUAUCAGGGACAGUAUUAUUUAUAAUGAAUCGGUAAGUAUAUAAAUCACAUAAAUACUUUUUUAUUAGUUAUGCCAGGCAAAUAAGGUUUAUUUCCAGGCAAACUACUUUCAUUUUAAGAGGUUUUUUUUUUAGUUAUAAUUAUUGACCAUGUCUAUAAAAAGCUAUGCAUCCCACUAUCGAGAGGGGGUGGGCGGGGUAUGAAAAUGUCUCCAAAAUAUUUUUUUUUUUUCAUUCAGAAGCAGGAAAUGGCUACUAUAUGUCAAUUAUGAAAUGAUUUGUUAUUGUUAAAUCCCUAAAUAUCUAAAUAAUUAUAAGAAGUUUAAAAUGAAUAAUUUUACAAAAUUUAAGAAAAGAUGGUAACCAAACUUGAAAAGUUUAUGUAGUGAUCAAGGGUUGCUUUUAAAUUUUAUUUAUUACGUUAAAAAUUGUGUGUACUGGUACCCAGACCCAGUUAUCGUUCUUCAUAAUGGAAUCAAUAAUUAAUAGUUUUAUGAUAGCAAUAAUAAUUGUUAUUCUCUUACUAAUCACUACUCAUUGGGGGAAUAUUACUAAAAUUAGUCCUACAUAUCAAUAUCAGUUAUAAUUAUAAACAACAGUUAUUAUAAUCCUAUAGUCUAUUUCACUUAUUGAACUUAUUCUAUUAUUAUUGCUAAAACCACACUUACAUGCCUAAUUAAAGAUAGUGUCUUUUUAAUCUAAUAAGGUAUUAAAAUAUACAUUUUAAAUAAUUAAGUUCAUGUAACAUUCGAAUACUUAGCCUACUUUCUGUGUGUCUUUACUUUUAGUCUUAGACUUAGUCUAGUGCUAUUAUAUAUAUGGCAUCCUUCUGUCUUCGUGAGAGGAUGGAGUAGCUAUGUAGUCCUACACUUCAACAAGUGGCUCACUAGACCAAUCCUAGAAUGACAAUUUCGGAAGCAUUUCUUGCAGGAGAAUAUUGAUUCCUGGUAAGAUCUUGACUUCCAUAUUGUUCUUUUUGUUUCAAGGGCCUUGUUUUGCGUAUCUUCUGCCUUUUUUACUCCUUCAUACCACUGCUGUUCGCCAGCUGGAAUGUUGUUCGGCAAUGAGCUCCCAUUCGUUGUUUUCAAUAUUGGCUUCCUUCAUGCUCCUUUUGCAAAUGUCCAUAAAUCUCAGGCGUGGCCAUUCAAUAAGUCUUGUCACUUCUGCCAACUCUCCAUACAGCAGAAUCUUUGGCCUUUCUCCAUUCUCCUUAUGUGGCCUAACUAGCGAAGGCGCCUCUUACUAAGAAAGGAGAAUAUGCUAAACAUGUGUGCACGUUCCAAGACCUCCGUGUUAGGCACCUUGUCCUGCCAUCGAAUGCUUAAAAUGCGACGAAGACAUCUUUGGUGGAAGCUGUUGAGUUUCUGGUCCUGACUGGUAUCUAAGGUCCACACUUCGCUACAAUAUAGGAGGGUACUAAGCACACAUGACCUUCAAUAGAUAUGAUUGGAGGGGACGGUGCUUCUCGCAUCAUUACAUGUGUUUCUGUAGACUAAUCGAAAGACCAAACUCUUUACAAGCAUGUGAUAGACAAUUAACCAGCCCCUGAAGACCUUCUUCUGUGUAAGAUGUUAAGGCGGCAUCGUCAGCAAACAGCAGUUCACAAAUCAGCACCUUUUUUACUUUGGUCUUUGCACGAAGGCGGGCGAUAUUGAACAGCAUACCAUCAGAUCUGGUAUGGACAAACACUCCAUCUUGACAGUCCCUGAAGGCAAAUUGAAGGAGCAUCGAAAAGAAAAUGGAAAAGAGUGUGGUGCCAGUAUACAACCCUGUUUUACUCCGCUGAUGACUGGGAAUGACUCAGAGACAGCGCCAUUGAAAGUUAUCGUGCUGUGCAUGUUAUUUUGAAAUGACUGUAUGAUUGUGAGCAGUUGUGGGGGACAACCUAUUCUUUGCAAGAUACUAAAAAGGCCUCUCCGACUUACCAAGUCAAAUGCCUUUGUCAGGUCUGUGAAAGCAAUAUAAAGUGGCAUAUGCUGUUCACGACAUUUCUCCUGCAUUUGGGGUUACGAGAAUAUCAUGUCUAUUGUUGAGCGCCCACUCCGGAAGCCACACUGGGACCCUGGGUAGAUGCAGUUCGCCAGUAUCUGCAGUCGUUUGAGGGCAAGUCGGGUAAAAGUCUCUCCAACUGAGCCAAGGAGAGAAAUUUCUCAGUAGCUAUUGCAAUCACUUCUGUCCCCUUUAUUUUUAUACAAUGUUACAAUGUUGGCGUCUCUAUUAUAUAGGCUGUAUUAUAUUAUUAGAAUCAGAUAAUUGUAAAAUUAUUGACAUUACAGUCUUGUUUAUAAUGAGAUAAUAUAUAUUUUAGUUUAUACAUAAAAGUUUUAUUAAAAUACAUCAAAUUAAUAAACAAGACUCAAGCAACAUCAUGGUAGUAAUUACAUUUUUAUUAGGACAUAGAAAAGCAGUGCAUGGACAAUUAUUUAGCCUAAUAUAUCAAAUAAUAUUUUUUAAUGAGUUUAAAUCAACACAAAAUUUAAAAAGGAAAUAAGAAAUUGUGUAGAUUGAAGAUUAUGAUUAGAUGUUAGUUCUAAGCUUCUUUCAGGUACAAGAGAAAAUGUUAAUUCUCUUUUAAAGACCUUUGUAGAAUUCCUUCCACUUUCAUCUACAAUAACGCAUGUAUGGACAUAGAUGGCAAAGAGAAAGUUUAUAAAGGAGAGAUUUUGAGAUUCAUCACAAGACAAAGUAGUUUGAAGAGCACUCUAAGUAAAAAAUGACAGGCAGAACAUCUCAUUACCUUUUAAAUGGAUUAGCAUUAUAACUUAUGGAUGAUUUUUAUUUGAGUAAAUUUUAUUUAUCAUUAUAUGCAUUCAAUUUUAUUUAUAAAAGAGGCUACUUACCUUUUUAUAAAUAUAAAUUGAUUUAAAAUUGAACACAAGCUAAAUAAAAUUACUUUAAAUUCAAUAAAUAUGUUAUUUUUUAGUUUUUUCCUUCAUAAAUAAUGAUUUUUCCAAUUUUUCUAUUCACUUUUUUCUUAAUAUAUCCACAAAUAAAAUUAUCCAAAAUACAAAGUCUUGAUGUUGUGUAAAAGUUUUGUUCUUCAUUGUGUUGUAUAUUGCAUUGAGAAUGUACCCUGAAAAUUUGGUAGCAUUAUCUUUUAAAAUAAAAAAAAGUUGAAGGGGGUAUACAAAAUUCACAACAAAAAUCAUAACUUUGUUUCUAUAAAAGCUGGAAAGAUGAAACUGGUGUUUUUGCAAAGCUUAUAGCUAACCUUUAAUACCUUUAAAAUGAUAUAUCAUUUAUGGCAAUAUGAUAUAUUGAAAAUUUCUGUCAAAGUACCUUGUGUCUAACUUGUGUUACAAACUUGUGACCGAAAUAGUGUGAUGUCAUUUAUGGAUGGUCCCUUACAGUGCCGUACAUGAAGGAAACUAUUAAUGAAGAAUUUUUUUAAAUAUGUAAAAUUAAUAACAAUCAUAUUAAUAUGUAUUUUUAUGUCACACAUUGAUUGUUACUCAUGCUUUAUACAAGGUAGUAUUGGAAAAUCAAUAGUAAGCUUUUGAAAAAGAUUGAUGACUUAAUUUACACAGCCUUUUAAUUUAUAUCCCAGGGUUGGGAAAGUUUCAAUUAAGUUCAGAGAGAAUAUACUGCUGCUUCUGUACAAAAAGUGCCAACAAAAGUCCAAAGAAUCCAUUGAAUCUCAGUGAUGACGCCUGUCCUCAGGGAAUUCAAGGGGACGACUGUGAUAAUUACAAACUUUGGCUGCACAACUGCAGACGGUACAACACUUAAAUUUAUAUAUUAUUCUUGAAGAAGUGAUAAUUAUAUUCAUGCUAAAUUUGUUGUGAUUUCCCUUACCCCAAUUCAUAACGUUACAAGUUUAUUUAAUUUUAGAUAGUUUAAAUAAUCAGGCAUUUACUUUGAAUAGGAAAAGCAAGCAUACAUUAAAUCUAGAUCUGUCUAUUUUGAUGGGUAUUUUUCUUAAUAUCAUAAAAAAUAAUUUAAUUUUCCAUCUCUUUGACUUUGCAAUUCUCACUAUGUUAACUAAAAAUUGUUCAUUGUUCUUAUCCCUUGUCUACUAUAUUGUAGACAAAACUUACCUUUUUACUAAAUUGUAGACAAAACAUCUCUUUUCUGCUAUAAUAUAGACAGAUCAUAUUGUAGUAAUAUUGUUUUACCUAAAUAUAUAUAUAUAUAUCGGUUUAUAAAUGAAAAAUUUAUUUUAAACAACUGUAUUAUCUCAUAAACAAGUAACCAUUAUUACUUAACCCUCAUUUAUAAAUUAACUUUUUACUUAACCACUACUACCAUUUAACAUGAACAGAUAUGGCCUUGCAAACUGCAAUGAACAGUUGCAAGGUAUACAGUCUGGAAGGAAAACCUUAUCAGAAGUUCUAGAAGAGCAGGAAAAACUUAUUGCUGACAUUUCUCAGCAGUACAGAGCAGCUAAUAACCAUCGCAAUGCUCAUGACAGUUUUCAGGGAUCUCAGGGCAAAGUUUCAUCUGGACCCGCUGAUGACUCCUCAUCAUAUGUUCACGAGAGACAAGAUAAUGUCCAAGGAUGUCAAGAAUAUAUGUCAGCUUUCCCUGCUAUUGAUUCACCUUGUCCACAAGGUGUACAAGGUAAUAGCUCUGGAUUACUGUUCUUAUGAAUUUUACAAUGAAAAGAUAUCAUUUUUUAUGUCAUUCUGCUCAGAGCAUCUUGAUAAACUCAGUAUUUUGUUUGUUUCAAAAUUAUUUACCAUAGUGAGCUGCAAACAUUAGCUGAGAAAAAUAUCCAUGGAAUCCCAUACUAUGCUCUUAAAGUUAAAGAAGACUUAAGUAAGAGUAUGCAGAGUUGUUGUUUUUUUUUCCACAAACAUAUUUUAUGUCUUUGUUGCAAAAUACUUAUUAAUAGCCCUGUAAGAUGACACUUUCAGAACAUUGAAGCACUGGCCAAACUGUGCACAGAACAUACAUUAAAUAAAUUUGUAAGAAUGGAUAAAAUCACAACUGAAGGAAUCAAAACUAAUUCUGCAGCAGCAAUAGAGCCAUCACUUGUCUUUGUGUAAGUUAUAAGUUUGUCUUACAAUAUCAUCUAAACAGGAUAUGAUUGUGCCCAGUACAAGUUGUGGCUAGAAAAUUGUCACAAGAUUGGUCUGCAUGACUGCAUGGAGCAGUACAGUGGCUACAAGGCUGGUCGUAAAACUUUAGCAGAGGUUUGUGGAUUGUUUAGCCCCAUGUGUUUAAUAUGUGCAAGUACCUUUACAAAUUUAAAAAAAUUUCCUAAAAAAGAACUCUGCCCUUUAAAUUAUGUUUUCAAAUGUUCAUACUUUUAUAACCAUCAGAUAUUUGCUGAGCAAGACAACAUGAUUCGCCAGUCAGCAACUUAUGCUUAUCAAAUCAGCAAAAUACAGCAAAGAAGCUACUCUUCGUCUGCAGGAAACCCAAAAUCUCCCUCAGAAGCAACAGCAAAAGGUGAAAAUACAGAGACCUCCGCCGGUGGUCAGCUAACACAAAGACAGAAGCUCCAGCGUGCCAUCAAGGAAUAUGGGAGCACUGUCAUUGUGUUUCAUAUAACUAUAUCUCUCAUGUCCCUUGGAUUUUUCUAUCUCCUUGUUUCAAGGUAAGAACUAUUGAUAAUGACAGGAAUGAAAAGCAAUUUUUAAGCUGAGGCUACUCUCCUUCAAAAUUUUAAGAAAAAUUCAAGAGGAGGGGGGGGGGUUAUGGAUGUGCCUAAUGCUCAGUAUCCUUGAAUGGCUUAGUUUGUGUAAAUGUAGACAUGCAUUUAAAUUGUAUAAAAACCUAAUUUUGUUUCAAGGUAAGAACUAUUGAUAAUGACAGGAAUGAAAAGCAAUUUUUAAGCUGAGGCUACUCUCCUUCAAAAUUUUAAGAAAAAUUCAAGAGGAGGGGGGGGGGGUUAUGGAUGUGCCUAAUGCUCAGUAUCCUUGAAUGGCUUAGUUUGCGUAAAUGUAGACAUGCAUUUAAAUUGUAUAAAAACCUAAUCCAAUAUAAAACUGACUAAAUGCAGUUUGAUUGUAGUAGUAGUAUAUCUGAAUGUCCAGUUGGUUAUAAUAACCAAUUUCAUGCCACAGUUACUGAAAAAACUCUGUAUAAAUAAGAUUUAUAAUAUAAUAAUAUAAGUGAAGAUUAAAUAUAUAAUAUCAUUUAAUAAUAAAAUGUUCAAAUUUUACAAAAUUAUUAGAUGAUUGAUACGAUAAACAGAAAGAAGUAUUACCACAGUUACCCAGACUGAUUUAAAUAAUGAUUUUACAAUGCAAGACUAAAUUAAAUUUAUCUAAAAAUGUAUAUUUAAUUUAAUGUAAAUUUUUGUUCAUGAUUAACUGAACUUCUAGUUAGUAAUAUCUGAAAAAUAUGGGUUCACACACCUGUUCAUUUUAAUUUAUUUUGUUAAAAAUAAAAUAAUCUACAUAUUUUUUUUCAGUGGCAUUGAUAUUGUUGGCCUCUUGACUAAAGCGGGUGUAGGGGGCAGUCUACUACAAAACAAGCUUGCAGCUGGUACAGGAACUUUUGUUGUGGCAUAUGCAGUUCACAAAGUGUUUGCCCCUGUAAGGAUUGCCACUACCUUGACUGCCACACCUUUCAUUGUUCGCUAUUUGCGCCGAAUUGGUUUCCUAAAAGUGCCUAAACCCAAGGCUUAAAAUUUUGAUGCUGAUAUUGAUAUUUUUGUUGAAAACCUUGUUCACUUUUUUGAAGACUUCAUUGAAUGCAGAUUAUUUUUUUUAUAGAAAAUUAUUUAAAUUGUAAAUCGUUUCAUACAUUUUUGCUUUUAAAACACAUAAGCUUGACUGGUGCCUUUCUAGCAUAAUUUACUUGACAUAGGAAUGCCACCAACCAACCUUUGAUGCAAAAUUUCAAAAUUCAUUAUUCGGUUUGGAAAGAAAAUGUGUAAAAAUUGAAACUCUUGUUAACAUUAUAAUUAAUGGAAAUUUUCAAUUGUUGACCUUUCAUUAGCAGUUUUACAUUCCUGCAGCUUUGAAAUAAAUAAUUUAGGUUGAGCAUUAAACGCUUAUAUAAACGGUCUGUAGGCAUCACAAAUUCUUAAUAUAAGAGCCUAAAAUGAAAUGGUGCUUGCAUUAAAUGUAAUGUAUUGAUUCCCCCCAUGCAUGUUUAUAGAGGGGGAAAAACAGUGACUUUAAGCUUUGUGUAUCUAAAAAAUAUGUUGGUGAAUAAAUCUUAAUCCUGUCUUGACUAAAUUUCUGUGCAUUUUUUUCUCUUUUUGAAUGUUAUUUAACAGUUAUUUAACAUAAACAUUUUGCUUUAACAUAAUCAGAUAGAAUUUUGUCGUACUGAUUUUUUUUUUUUUCAAGUUUAAUGCAUUUAAUUUUGAAGUGUUUCUUUCUUUAAGGGUAUGUAAAAAUAUUAGUUGCAUUACUGAAAUUACUUAUACUUACUUUGAAAGAAAAUUUUACAAAACUUAGUACCAUUUUCUUUUUUUUUUACAAAUAUAGAACAUAUCCUAAUUUAAUGCCAUUAAAUAGUGUUAAAUAGGGAGAAGUGGCCAUCAUUUUUUUGUCAAAUUCACUGCACAGGUUUGGAGGAAAUAAGAACCUAAUUUACAUCUAUUUUGACUAAGUUUUAUGCAAGAAAGUUUUGAUAAAAAUAUAAGGCAUUAAUAUUUUUAUAACAACUCAAGUUUUAAGUUUAAGAUAUAAACUUUAUCUAAUGCAGGGGUGGCCAACCCAAAAGGCUUAACUGGCCACUUUAAUAGCGAGUAAACCUUUUGCAGGCCGUGGGUCAUUACACUUAUAUGAAAAUAAACACCCACUAAAAAUGCUGUAUAAUUUUUUGAAUUAUUUAUCAAUUCUUAAUUCACAAAAAGAAAUGCAUAAGAAUAAUACAUAAUGAAAUAUGAUAUUUAAUGUAAAUAAGUUUUUAAAGUCAAUUACUUUGCAAAUUUUAUGAACCAAUAUGUUUAUUUGUGAUAAAUAGGAAUCUUUGGGGCACAAUAUUCAACACUGUAGGCCUCAGGUUAGCCAUCCCUGUUCAAAUGCACUGUACAAAUUAAAAAAAAUUAUGUGGAAUCAAAGAUUACUAAACCUCUGUUAAUUAAUUAUAUCUUAAGAACCAUUAUAAGACUACUUAUUAAUGCGCAAUUAAGGUGUCAGAUGGAACUGUAAAACAGUUAUGUGAGCUCUGAAACAAAUGAAAUUAUAGAGUGAAUGCUCCAUCAAUUUAUUAUUUUAAAAAUGCAUAUUUGUUAAUAUAAUUGAUAUAAAUUUUAUUCAAUUGUGAAAAUGAUUGAGCACUUGUCUUAGGUGAACCUAGAUCAUUAUUUGUUUUGUUUUUUUUCUGACAAAGGCAUUUUCUGAGCACUAACAAUAUGCUGACCUUUUUAAAAUGAGAAUAUAUAAAAUUUGUUGUACUUUCUUCACCAGGGCAAGGCAUAUCCACAUAUUUAUGGGGACUAGAAUGAUAGAAUCUUACUCUUUGCCAUGGAUAUUACUUUUUUUGCCUUGUUGAACAAGAGUUUAAGAAAAAUAUUAAACAAUUGCAAAUGAACUCAGG